GGCUGGCGGCAGCCCGAGGCGCGGCCGGGCGGGAUCAUGGCGGACGGCGUGGACCACAUCGACAUCUACGCCGACGUGGGCGAGGAGUUCAACCAGGAAGCUGAAUAUGGUGGACAUGAUCAGAUUGAUCUGUACGAUGAUGUAAUCUCUCCGUCUGCGAAUAAUGGAGAUGCCCCAGAAGAUCGUGACUAUAUGGAUUCUCUCCCACCUUCAGUUGGAGACGAUGUAGGUAAAGGAGCUGCACCAAAUGUUGUCUACACAUAUACUGGAAAGAGAAUUGCCUUGUACAUUGGAAACCUUACUUGGUGGACAACAGAUGAAGACUUAACUGAAGCGGUUCAUUCAUUGGGGGUAAAUGAUAUUUUGGAGAUAAAGUUUUUUGAAAACCGUGCUAAUGGCCAAUCUAAAGGGUUUGCCCUUGUGGGUGUGGGAUCGGAAGCAUCCUCCAAAAAGUUGAUGGAUUUGUUGCCUAAAAGAGAAUUGCAUGGGCAGAAUCCUGUUGUGACUCCAUGCAAUAAACAAUUUCUGAGUCAGUUUGAAAUGCAGUCAAGGAAAACCACACAGUCUGGCCAGAUGUCUGGGGAAGGUAAAGCUGGUCCACCAGGAGGAAGCUCAAGAGCAGCAUUUCCACCUAGUAAUAGAGGGCGAGGCCGUUUCCCCGGUGCUAUUCCAGGUGGAGACAGAUUCCCUGGACCAGCAGGGCCAGGAGGGCCACCACCACCAUUCCCAGCUGGACAAACUCCCCCACGUCCACCUUUAGGCCCUCCCGGUCCUCCGGGCCCACCAGGCCCCCCACCUCCUGGUCAGGUCCUCCCACCUCCUUUAGCUGGACCUCCUAAUCGUGGUGACCGCCCACCACCACCAGUUCUGUUUCCAGGACAGCCUUUUGGUCAGCCUCCACUUGGGCCACUUCCUCCAGGCCCUCCACCACCAGUUCCAGGCUAUGGGCCGCCACCGGGUCCGCCACCACCUCAGCAGGGUCCACCUCCACCUCCGGGUCCAUUUCCCCCUCGUCCACCUGGCCCUCUCGGGCCACCCCUGACUCUUGCUCCUCCUCCACAUCUCCCUGGGCCACCUCCAGGUGCUCCACCACCCGCACCGCAUGUGAAUCCAGCUUUCUUCCCCCCACCUGCCAAUAGUGGCAUACCUACUUCAGACAGCCGUGGCCCACCUCCAACAGAUCCGUAUGGCCGACCUCCACCGUAUGACAGAGGUGACUAUGGGCCACCUGGAAGGCGUUUCACUGGAAAUAACAUGUCCAUAAGAGAAAAAUUACAUAUUCCAUUCUAUGGGAGGCACACGAAAAAUAAUACUCAAAACUCAGGGAGAGAGAUGGAUGCUGCAAGGACACCUCUGAGUGAAGCAGAAUUUGAAGAAAUCAUGAACAGAAAUAGGGCAAUCUCAAGCAGUGCCAUUUCAAGAGCUGUAUCAGAUGCCAGUGCUGGGGACUAUGGAAGUGCUAUAGAGACCCUGGUAACUGCAAUUUCCUUAAUUAAACAGUCCAAAGUAUCUGCUGAUGAUCGUUGUAAAGUACUUAUUAGCUCUCUUCAAGACUGCCUUCAUGGAAUCGAGUCCAAGUCCUAUGGUUCUGGAUCCAGAAGACGUGAACGAUCCAGGGAGAGGGACCACAGUAGGUCACGAGAAAAAAGUAGACGCCAUAAAUCACGUAGCAGAGAUCGCCACGAUGACUAUUAUCGGGAAAGAAGCCGAGAAAGAGAGAGACAUCGUGAUCGUGAUAGAGAUCGUGACAGAGAACGGGACAGAGAGAGAGAAUAUCGCCAUCGCUAAAGAAGCUGAAGGAAGAGGAGCAGCGUACAAGACAAGAUACGUUCUUCAAGGAAAGAUGCUUGUCCGGCAGUUUGCUUCAUGUGAUUGAACUGAGCCUGUAAGGAUUCAUGGAUAAAAUGAACAGGAAUAGAUCUGAAUAAAGCAAAUCUGCAUACAUGGUAACCAGUAGCUCUUUUACUUUUUUUAUGUUGCUUAACUGUUUUAUUUGAGGGAAACCUGUGUGAUUUAAACCUUAUAGCUUUUGCAACUUCAUUACUGGUUAUAUACAUUUGGCAAUUAUAAUGUGCGAGCAAUUGGAAAAAGUCAAGUAAAUGCUUGUUUUUAUAGUAGUUUGUUCAUGUUAAAAUGUUCAUAUGAUAAUGUCUGUAUACAGCACCACUUUGAUUACAGUAGAUGUAGUGUUGUAAUAAACUGUUUAAUGGGGCUGAUGUGUAAA